AUGAAGAUUGAGAUGGCGGUAAGGCUGAUUUCGCAGAUGUUUUACUCACCCUUCAGAGAGACAAGAGUGUGGGGUUUGAGGAUGCUUUUGUGGGUGGGUGGUACCAACACAUCCUCCACGCUUUUGGAAUGGGAAAUGUCAGAGCUGUUAAGUCACCCAGAGUGUCUGAAAAGACUUCAAGAAGAAGUCCGUACCGUUGGUAAAGGAAAACAAAGCGUAUCAGAAGACCACAUCCAAGACAUGUACUACUUAAAAGCUGUGAUCAAAGAGACACUCAGGCUACAUCCUCCAUUUCCAUUGACGGUUCCUCAUGUAUCAACAGAAGAUGUCAACCUAAGAGGUUACCACAUACCAGCCGGCACACAGGUUAUGAUCAAUCUUUAUGCGGUCGGGAGAGAGGUUGCAAUAUGGGGACCAGACACGGCUGACUUUAAACCGGAGAGGCAUUUAAAUUCGUCUGUUGAUUUCUUAAGUCAGAAUUUUGAGCCGAUACCAUUUGGAGCAGGGAGAAGAAUGUGCCCAGGUGUAACGGCCCGGAUGAUUGAUGAGUGGAUCAUGAUGCAUAAGGACCCUCACACUGUUAAUGGGACUUAA